UACCACCUGGAUUAUUGUCACAUUUCUCCUCGCAGCCUUCACGCUCAGUUUUGCUCAUAUUUAUUUUCAAACUUUUGAAAACCGACUCUAGCGAAUUUAGAGUUGGUUACGUCAGUGGAUAAAUCUGAGGACAUAUAAUGUCGAUUCCACCAUAUCAAACUCCAAUUCUACCCAAACCAGUUGGGAAUUUUAACGUGCCUCAAACCUCAGGCCAAAAUUCAGAAAACCAACUGUACUUAGCUGAUCCAAAACAUGGGAGUCACCCAUCACACAAAAGGCUGAUUGACCAGAAAUAUCUUAAUGAAGAUGCGGCCGGACAGAGACGGACUAGUCAACGCAAGAGGGCCAAAGUUGAGUACACAGAGGUUGAUGAGAAGCUUGCGACGCUGACAGAUGAUGAGCUGAGUGAUGAUGACAUCCCCAAGGAGAUUAUGGAGGCAGAAGAACAGCAGGUUGAGAACAAGUUUCCUGAACCAGAGGAAGAGGAUGAGGAGGAGGAUGAUACCCCCCAAGGUCUUGAAGGAGCUGCUUUUCAGAGCCGACUUCCAUUUGACAAGAUGACCUCGCAGGAAUCUUCAUGUUUCCCUGAUAUAUCUCAAGGACCGCCCCACCUACAGAAACAAUUCUUGUACAUAAGGAAUCGAGUGCUUCAGCUUUGGCUGGAGAAUCCUCAGCAGCAGUUGACGCUAGAAGCAGCAAUCCCACAGAUUGAACCACCAAACAACAGUGAUCUCAAGCUGGUUCAGCGAGUACAUGCUUUCCUUGAGAGGUAUGGCUCCAUCAACUUUGGCGUCUACAAAAUGGCCAAGAUGCCACCAACAUUGAAGAAAAGCCCAAAGGUAAUCAUCGUUGGAUCUGGUAUUGCCGGCCUGAUGGCAGCCAGACAGCUGCAGUCCUUUGGCAUAGAUGUCACCAUGGUGGAAGCUAGGGAGAGAGUAGGUGGACGUGUAGCGACAUUUCGUAAAGGCCAGUACAUAGCAGACCUGGGCGCAAUGGUUCUUACUGGGUUAGGUGGUAAUCCCCUCACAGUCUUGAAUAAUCAGAUUAGCAUGGAGGUGCAUAAAAUCAGACAGAAAUGCCCACUGUAUGAGAGCCUUGGAAAGCCGAUUGGGCGUCGCCAUGUGCAACUUACCCCUCGGGAUCACCCAUGGCCCAGCAAAUCACACAUUGGAGCGUCUGCUCAAAGGGUGCCUAAGGACAAAGAUGAGAUGGUAGAACGGGAAUUCAAUCGUCUGCUGGAGGCCACUUCAUUCUUGUCACAUCAACUGGAUUUUAACUAUAUGAAUGGGAAACCUGUGUCACUUGGUCAUGCCCUGGAACUAGUCAUCAAAAUGCAAGAAAAGCAGGUCAAAGAGCAACAAGUAGAACAUGCCAAGAAAAUACUCAGCCUUCAGGACCACAUGAAAGAGAACCUUGCCAAGAUGGUCUCCAUCCAGGAGAAAGCACGCCAAACUCAUCGUGAGUACACUGAGGCUUUAAAAGUCAAAGAACCAAGGGAUGUUACAUCAGAGUUCCUUGUAAAAAGCAAGCAACGUGACCUGAAUGCCCUCUGCAGGGAAUAUGAUGAAUAUAAUGAGAAGCAACAGAUGCUGGACGAGAGAUUAGAAGAGCUGGAAAAUAACCCACCAAGUGAUGUUUACUUAUCGUCAAGGGACCGUCAGAUUCUAGACUGGCAUUUUGCCAACCUGGAAUUCGCAAAUGCGACACCGCUAACUGCCCUAUCACUCAAGCACUGGGACCAAGAUGACGACUUUGAGUUUAGUGGAAGUCACAUGACUGUGCGUAACGGCUAUUCAUGUCUCCCGGCUGCCCUGGCUGAGGGACUGGACAUUCGACUGAACACAGCAGUGAGACAUGUGCGCUACAGUAGGGGAGGCGUUGAGGUCGUUACCCAAAGCACCAACAAGUCGUCCAUCACCACCACCCAGACAUUCAAAGCCGACGCCGUACUCAUCACCCUCCCCCUGGGGGUGCUCAAGGCCAACCCUGCCGCUGUGCAGUUCCACCCUCCCCUCCCUGAGUGGAAAAUGGCAGCUGUUCACCGCAUGGGUUUUGGCAACCUUAAUAAGGUCGUUCUCUGCUUUGACCGCAUCUUCUGGGACCCGAACACGAACCUCUUCGGCCACGUGAACGGCACGACGCACACACGUGGGGAGUUGUUUCUAUUCUGGAACUUGUACAAGGCCCCAGUCCUCAUCUCCCUCGUGGCUGGCGAGGCGGCCGACAACCUGGAGAAUGUUCCAGAUGAUAUCAUCGUUAGUCGAGCUGUGGGCGUACUGAGGGGGAUCUUCGGCGCUAGCAACGUCCCCAACCCCAAGGAGUCUGUCGUGACGCGGUGGAAAUCGGACGAGUGGUCACGUGGUUCGUACUCCUACGUCGCCGCCGGGUCUUCUGGCAACGACUACGAUCUAAUGGCGUCCCCCGUGGCUCCCCUCCCUACGGCUAACGUGGCACCAGGCACGCCCCAGCCACUUAACCCCCCAAGGGUAUUUUUCGCCGGGGAGCACACGAUCCGCAACUACCCCGCGACAGUGCACGGCGCACUGCUCAGCGGUCUCAGGGAGGCGGGGCGAAUUGCGGAUCAGUUCUUGGGACUACCUUACGAAGUCGGGCGAGUGAGCCCACCCAUGCCCCAACCUCGCUAGAUAUAUGCUGCACCGACCCUGCGUAUCACGGACGAACGAUCGGGGCGCGUAUUUCCAGAUGGAUUGGGACCUUAUUUAUUAUGAGCUUCCAUCUAGCUUUGGCGAAAUUUGAGCCUACGAAAUAGUUGUCUUGUUAAAAAGCUCUUAUCGGCCACACCUUUGUUAUCGUUUUUAACCAAUAUCCGAAGAGAAAUUAUUUGGAGAAACCACAAAAUAACAACCUGAAAAUAAAAUUGUAUGCUUUAUUUGCCAAAUUCAAUCGAAAAUAUCGCUACAUCUUUUCCUAAUCAGCCGAUUAAAAUGGAUGCGUUCUUACUCUUGGACCUUUGGUUGAUCGACAAAAUGGCGGCUGUCAGAGUCUUUUUAAGGGGCGACAUUACAAGUUUGGGCCACGAUGGGCCACGAUGUACUAACGUUCCGCCAUUAGAAGGGAGAUGUAAGCCAGCCUGGAGAAACCACAAUGAGUCUUUUUGGGUCUCUUUGUCAUGCGCGUGAUUUAUUGAAAGAGUCAUGGAAGAAUAUCGUGGCUAAUAUCAUGGCCCCUAGAAAACUUCAAACUCAAUGCGCAAACUAUUGCGCAGCCCCUUUCAAAAGGACAUAAAGACGUGUAAAUAGAACUAUUAAAUACUAUUUAAAACCAAUGUAGUUUCUGUUAAACAUUUUGUUUAACUAAUAACUCUCUCUCUAUCGAGCACUAGAGAGACUCAAAACCUCACGCUCUCAAGUACCAAGUAAUCUAUACUAAGUUUCCUGAACUAACUUAUCUUUGUAAAUAGUGUGCAAUGAAAACCUUUCAACUUGUAAUCUCUGAAACUGAUAAAAAAAUAAAGUGUUAAAAUCGGUAA